AUGGAGAGGACAGAGGAUGAGGUGAUGGCCGAGCGGCUAGUGGAGACUCGAGCAAGAAAUAUAAGCCACAAUGUGAGGUGUACUGAGUGUGGUAGUCAGUCUAUUGAGGACUCACAAGCUGACAUUGCUAUUCUCCUCCGUAAGUUAAUACGUGAUGAAAUUCGGUCGGGUAAAAGUGACAAAGAAAUCUUCAAGAAGCUCGAGGAUGAUUUUGGCGAGAGCGUGCUUUACACGCCAAAAUUCGACAUGCAAACUGCAGCUCUGUGGCUGUCCCCGCUUGUGUUUGCAGGUACUGCCGGAGGUGUGUGGGCGUACAAAAGGUACAAGCGGAAAACAAACGUGCACAUAAUGGCCUUAAACCUCGUGAGAGGGGUUCCACUAACACCAAAGGAGAAAGAGACUAUGUUGGAUCUCCUUAUGCCAUCUUCUUCUCAAGCAACUUCUUGGUGGAGAAAAUGGCUUUCUCAAUGA